AUGUCAUCAAGACCAGGUCUCUCCACGCGCGGCCCCUCCGGCCUGUCGCAAAGUACCGAUGCAAACGUGAGCCCACCAUCCACAGAUCGUGGUGACCUGAAGCGCAACUUCCUCAAGUCUAUGCGUCCUUUGCCGACGCAGCAUUACUGGAACGUUUGGUUCGAUAGACCUGAUAAAGACCAGAAGUCCGCCGCCGAUGGUAACUACCACUCGAAGCUGGAGCAACUCGGGUCCACGAUCGAGAGCGUCCAGGAUUUCUGGCGCUACAACAACAACAUGCCCAUUGACAACAUCAAGAUGCGCGAGUCCAUCUACCUGUUCAAGGCCGGGUUCAAGCCCAUUUGGGAAGACCGCCGCAACAUUCUCGGCGGUAGCUGGACUUUCCGCGUUCCCAAGGCCAACGGGGCUGAUUUCUGGACCCGCGUGCAGCUCCUUGCUAUUGGUGAGGAGCUGCAGGAUGCGCUUGAGGAGGGCGAUCAACUCUGCGGCGUAGGCCUCUCAGUUCGUUUCAACUCCCACCUGAUCUCCAUCUGGCACCGAGACGCAUCCAAGCAGAAGUCCGUCGAUGCCAUCCUUGAAUUGGUCCUCACCAAGGCGAUUCCGGACGAUUUUCCCCAACUUAAGCCGGAUAGCUACUUUUACAAGAAGCACUCGGACCAUGCGGGCUUCAACCCCUCCCCGGAGAUGCAGGCAGUUCUGGACUCGCAAAAGGCGAGGGAGCAGCAAGCUGCCGCCGCUGCUGCGAAAGCUCAGGCGGAGGCGGCGGCCCAACAAGGGAGCCAGAGCCAGCCGGAACCACCCCAGAUUGUUGAGGUGCCGCCUUCGGGAGAACGAUGA